UUGUAGUUCAUGGAAAACAGAAAUUCCGGGUUACUGCUCUUGCAUUCAUUAACUUUCCGAUCUGCCCCCAAGACUUUAUUUUCUGGCUGUUUGCUUGUUUGGCUAGAUAUUGUGCUGUAUACCAUACUGGCCCUUGUUUUCCAGAAGUGCUUCAUAGAGAGGACACUAUAUUGCAGAAGACAAAGCUGAAUACUUUGGGUAAUGAUAACUGAAGAUGACAGCCCUCUGGCGAGUAUGCUGCAAUAAAAAAUCCAUAUCUAAGAAUGGAAACACUGAAACGGACAGUAUGGCAGACUCAAAAGAAAAAAUGCAGAUGAAAAAACAAAUUACUUUACUAAAUGGAGUUUCUUUAAUCGUAGGGAACAUGAUUGGCUCUGGAAUAUUUGUGUCCCCUAGAGGUGUUUUAAUGUAUAGCGCUUCCUAUGGACUCUCUCUAGUCCUCUGGGCUCUUGGUGGGAUCUUUUCACUGUUUGGAGCUUUAUGUUAUGCUGAAUUGGGAACAUCCAUUGUUAAAUCUGGAGCCAGUUAUGCCUAUAUCCUGGAAGCAUUUGGUGCCUUUGUGGCCUUCAUCAGACUGUGGUCUUCCUUGCUGAUUAUUGAACCAACAACUCAGGCAGUGAUAGCAAUCACAUUUGCUAACUAUAUUGUUCAACCAAUUUUUCCGCAUUGCGAGCCACCGUAUGACGCAGUCAGGUUGAUUGCAGCUGCUUGUAUUUGUUCCUUAACAUUUAUUAAUUGUGUUAAUGUGAAGUGGGGAACCCGGGUACAAGAUGUCUUCACAUACGCAAAAGUUAUGGCUCUUCUCUUGGUGAUAUCUGUUGGCCUUUAUAAAAUCAGUCAAGGAGGAACAGAAAACCUUAGAGCAGCAUUUGAGGGUUCAGCAACAAACCCAGGAAUGAUCGCACUGGCUCUGUAUUCUGCCCUCUUUUCCUACGCGGGAUGGGACACUGUGAAUUAUGUCACUGAGGAAAUGCAGAAUCCUGAGAGGAAUCUACCUCUUUCUAUUGCAAUUUCAAUGCCUAUUGUGACUAUCAUUUACUUGCUGACUAAUGUAGCAUACUAUGUAGUGUUGGACAUGUCAGAUAUCCUCACAAGUGAUGCAGUGGCUGUGACAUUUGGCAAUGAAACCCUUAGUUAUGCUAAAUGGAUUAUUCCUAUAGCAGUGGCCAUGUCUUGCUAUAGUGGGUUAAACUCAUCAAUAAUUGCAGCUUCUAGGCUUUUUUACGUUGGAGCCAGAGAAGGACACCUCCCUGACAGUCUGAGCUUGAUUCAUAUCGACCGUUUCACACCAGUUCCCGCUCUUCUCUUUAAUGGUUUAAUGACUUUGCUUUAUCUCCUUGUGGAAGAUGUUUUCCUUCUCAUUAAUUACUACUGCUUCAACUACUGGCUCUUUGUGGGUCUAUCUGUUGCAGGACUAAUAUAUUUGAGAUAUACUCAGCCUCGUAGACCACGGCCUAUUAAACUUAACCUCUUCUUCCCCAUAGUGUACUGUCUGUGUUCCCUUUUCCUGAUCAUAGUUCCUCUCUACAGUGACACAGUCAAUUCCCUUAUUGGGGUUGGUAUUGCCCUCUCAGGCAUUCCUGCUUAUUACUUGGGAGUCUAUCUGCCAAUUGAAAAAAGACCUAAAUGUCUACAGUGGCUCUCUGCUACAACAACAAAAUACACACAGAUGCUCCUCUACUGUGCUCUGACGGACCUGGACAUAGAUAUGGAGCCUACAGAAGUUAAGAGGAAAUAGGGUUGUCUCGACGAUUCCUCUCUGGGGUGAUUUCUGUAAUCCGAUGUUCUCCCCAUACGUUCAGUUACACUAAAGCACUAACCAUUGUACUGUGUGUCAGUUUGAUGUCUGUUAAUUUGUGCUUGUUUUAUAAACCCCUUCACUGCUGAAGGCACUUGCCAGUCCCUGCUUACAGGAAUUUUUUAAAAUUUUCUGUUUGGUAGUAGUGAUUAAAUGGCUUAUUGAAUAACCCUUUGAAACUUAUAAAGCACUGUGUGAACAAACACUUAUUAAUACAUAACUGCUAAGUAUUAAGUUAAUUCCAAAAGCUUAUUAAAAAGUAUUACGUCUGGUUAGAAUCCUAAGAAAUCAACUGAUGAAUAUAGCAAAAGACAGACCAGAUAUUUACAAGAUUCAAAACCAGAGAGAGGGAAAGAAAGGCAGAGGGAAAAUGGCUGAGCCAGUAUAGCAUAACAGCUAUUAACUUUCCUGGGAACAGAUUAGGUUUCAUCCUCCUAUUUAAAUGCCUGGAGCCAGGAAAUAGGAAGGACUAUAAAAGCCAAAUAGAGUUUGAUACUUUCUUCUGACCCAAAGUUACAUUCCUAACUUCCUGGAAGCGAGGGCCUUAGUAACUUCGCCUGUCUUCAUUGAUUCUUUCCUUUUGGGGAAUGUGCUUUACCCUUCUGUUUGUCACAUCUACCUUAUCCUACUCAAGAUUACCCCUGUGUCUCUAUACUUGAUCUACUUUUCAAUAAAAAAUGCAACACAAAGAAAAAAGCGA